AUGGAGUUGAUAGCGCGCUGCUGCAACUAUGGCAUUCAAGAAAACAACAGAGAAGCACCUACGAGUCCAGUCGAAUCGGAGCCAGACAGGAUGCCAGACAUGCAAGCCUUCGCGAGUCUGCAGGGCCAGUUCGAGCAGGCCACGAACCAUGCUGUUGCUGGGCUGAAGAUGAUCGCUGCUCAUACGGAGAGACAGACGGUGUCGGCGAUCACAAAUGAGGUUCUUCUGCAGAUCUACUUGGAGCUUCGGGACCAGGUCUGUCAAGCGAACAGUGAGCAAUUCAAAAUCGGAGGUCCUGGUUUGGUGAACCGCCUCCUCGUGGCGCCAAAGUCCACCCUGACGGCGGAGGACCUUCUAGCACAAGUCCAACUGCUGUCAUUCCAGGUCCUGGAUCUCUUCGAAGCCGCCGAGACGUUCCAUCAGGACUAUCCAUGGGUGCGUGGCUCCGUUGCUCCUUUACUUUUGCCGGCAUACCAGUCGGCGAUUGGCAAGCACACUGAAAUCACCAAUGCUCUGGCAUCACUUGAGCACCAAUACCAACAAAUCCCAACAAUAAAGUCGAACGAGGCCCGCCUGGCCUUAAAGGUCUUCCUCACAUCGCUGCACAUCGACCUCCAGGUCUUCGUCAACGGCGAGCAAAGCUACGACGACUAUCUCAACGACAACGUCGCAAUCCUGGACCACGCCCAGAGCCUGCUCGGCCUUCAAACCUACCCACAAACAACAGACACCAACCCAAAGCCCGCCCGAACCCAGCCGCCAACACCAUUCGUCUCCUGCCUAGGCAUAAUCCCCCUACUCUUCGAAAUAGCCACACGCACCACCAACAUCCCGCUCCGCGACCGCGCCCUCCACCUCCUGCACUCCACCAACCGCCGCGAAGGCAUCUGGGACAGGCCUCGUCGCCGCUCGCCUAGCCGAGCGUUUAAUUUCCCUCACCGAGGAGGGCAACUCGAUCGCCGCGGCAAACUCCAAUUGCUCGGGCAGUACCACGGCGGCGAUGACGAGCACGACGCACCUCCCCAUUUCAUCAUCACAGACAUACAGCUACUCUCCGACCGUCAGGCCAAAGUCACGUAUGGCUUCAAGCGGCGAUGGCGGCGUACCAUUGAUGAUUGUAAGUUCGGUCCUGCGGAGGGCAGCACCGCCUUCAGCGCUGAAGAAUUCCACUCGUUCUGGCUCGAAGGCGUGGGGCCUGGGGAAGGCGAAGUCAGGGAAGAGAUUAUCGAAUUCGAUUGA